AUGAUUUGUGUGCGUCUGUCUGUAAAAGAGAUACUUUUCUUGGCAAGAACAAGAAGAAUCAAGAUUUUGGUUACUUUGAACAUUAUAAUUAGAGAGGCGGUGGAGGAAUCUGGAAAGGAAGACCCAGUCUGGGAUGGGCGUAAGAGCAAGGCAAAAGACAUGACAUGGUGUAAUGACUUAAACGAAAGAGCCCACGUUCAAAUUAUCUCUUCUCCACAAGAAAACAGUGUUAUCAACUCAAAAAUUGACGAUGUUAAGACUAUAACUUGUCCUUCAUGUGGCCAUACCAUACAACUCCACGAUCAGACUGGACUUCAUGAGUUACCGGGGCUACCAGCUGGAGUGAAAUUUGAUCCUUCUGAUCAAGAAAUUCUGGAACAUUUGGAGGCAAAGGUGAUUUCUAAUGCCCGGAAAUUGCAUCCUCUUAUCGAUGAAUUUAUUCCAACAAUUGAGGGUGAGAAUGGGAUCUGCUACACUCAUCCAGAGAAGCUACCAGGAGUAGGCAAGGAUGGCCAAAUUCGCCACUUCUUUCACAGGCCCUCAAAGGCAUACACAACCGGGACUAGAAAACGACGGAAGGUACACACCGACACGGACGGUGCCGGAGAAACAAGAUGGCACAAAACUGGCAAAACCAGGCCAGUUUCAACAGGUGGAACCAUAAAAGGGUACAAGAAAAUCUUAGUUCUCUAUACAAACUACGGCAGGCAAAGAAAACCUGAGAAAACCAAUUGGGUAAUGCACCAAUAUCACUUGGGCAAUAACGAAGAAGAAAAAGAUGGAGAAUUAGUGAUUUCAAAGGUUUUCUAUCAAACUCAGCCAAGACAAUGCGCUGGAUCAAGCAUUAUCAAAGAUAAGAAAUCCAGCAGGCAGGACAGCAAUAUCCCAUUUGUGAAAAAUAAAGAUUUCGUUGAGUACUAUAAUACUAGUACUCCUUUUAUCUCAUACAGUGUCGGGAGCCAAAUUAGCGACAACCCACCUCAGAUUAUUCCUAAUUUUGUCGUGAAUGGUGAUGGGUCAUCUUUUUUUCAGGUUUCUUCUAGUGCAAGCAAAGGCAAAUAA